GCGGGAAAACCGUUUCUUUGUAAACAACACAAAUUAUGCAGUGCGUGCGUUUGCAUCGUCCGGGUAGUUGUUUUGGAAACCGAAUUAUUUGUUGUUAAAAAGAGUCUUUUUUUGGCCGAUUCGAGCCUAUUGCUUCGACGAUGGAUUACGAUUCGGAUUCAGAGCUGCACGCGACCGAUACCCUCCGUUUUGAUAGCGAUUCGGCGGGAGAAGAUGAUCAACCGAACGGAGAAGGUACAGCGGAUUCCGAGAAAGGGGCCGUCGAAGUCACCACAAUCCAUGAACAGGAAAUCGGAACGCAGCUACAGGAACAUGCAUCGGAAAAAGAGCAUAAAAGUUCGUCGGACGAGUCGGAGCAGUUGCAAGACAAACGGAGUGCAAAUAUCCGUAGAGCAAAGCUCUCGCACAUUAUCGACAGUGAGUCGGGCGAGGAUGAAAUUGGAGCAAACGAAAUGGAAGCUAGGAGUGACCCAGCCGAGACUAAUACUGCCCACCUGAAUCGUUUGAAAUCUUUGCUCGAUUCCGAUUCAGACGAACAAGACGACGACACGCGCGAGCCGCAAAAGAAAGAGAAGAAACAAAUUAAACGAAAGCCUAAACCAUCAUCGCCGCCGGGAAUGCUCUCGGAAUCGGAUGCUGAACAGUCGAAUGAUGAAGCACGUCCGGUAACGAAAGAAAAACACAAACGAAAGCGUAAAAAAGACACAAAAGCUGUGGAGUCGUCCUCGAGCGAAGUUAGGUCUGCACGGGAUAUACUGGCCAGCCUUAAUUUAUUUUUCGAUGAUGACGACGAUGACAACGAGCAAGUGUUGCCUGCUAGGACCGGUUUAGGAAAGCUUGUAUCAGCUUCUUCCGAAGACGAUUCCAACGAAGGUUUGCAGCGAGCCGCCAGAUCGGCGCGCAAGAUGACGGCAAAAGAAGCGAUGGAAGAUCGACAAAUAAUUCAAAGCGAAUCGCAGCGAAUGGCUCGCGAAAAGUAUAUCGAUGUGCCGUACCAUCGUACGAAAGUGUUUUCCUUCGAAGAAUUCCGUGCUAGGAAAACGAUCUGCAAACCGGACCCGUUGCGCGAUUGCAAAAGUAGCCGCGAUUCGAGCAACAAGUCGAUUCGAAUGACCGCAGAACAGUUGGAAGCAUUUGCCCGACAGCUGCAGGAGCGUGAGCUUGAAUCGCAACACUUUUUCAAAUCAGAAAGUGAAUCAUCAGACCCGGAACCGGAAAAUGACGGUACGGCAGGGGAGAAAUCUGGCAACGACGAACAGCAGGUGAGAGCGGUAACGGAAUCGCACGAUGCGAAGCAGCAGAAUGUAGAAACGGACACGCUUGGAGACAUUUGCGUGGCCGUUGACAAACCGUCGGACAAACCAAAUUCGUCUGAUGACGUUCCACCCGAUACAGGAACCGAUACAGCCAAGUCACCGGAUGAAGAAGAAUUAGAUCCGCUGGAUGAAAUAGUGAAUCGAACGUCAGAUAAUAUGGAACAGAUGAAGGCCUCUUUACGGGAGACAGACACUCAUCCCACCUCUGCUCCGGAACGUAUCGAGAUAAAUUACGAUGCGUUUACACCACCCGAACAGCGCACCACAACGUUGGCUACUAAAAAGGCGGCCCUACUGGCGAACCUAAAGCUUCCACCAUGCCCACGACUCAGUGGCAGUUCGGACAUGGUAAUAGAUCUAGACAGCGGUACAGUCCAGCCGAAAGAACCGUCCGGGGUUGAUAUUCUCUUCCAACGGUUAGCCAAGUGUAGUGGAACCGGCCAAAACCCUGCCUCACCGGCGAGCAAACAAACCGUUAGCAUCCUAAGCACCGAGAAUGGGUUCGUACAGCUGGACACCGUUCCACUGUUUGCGAAGGAAGAGCGUCCGCUGGUAAAUAAGGAACCCGUACCGGGUGCUGCUUACUUAAAGCUGAAGCAAGUGCUGAAGGAAAAAAUAGACGAUAAUCGGCGAGAGUUCGUUCGGAAACGGGAAGCUGAGUUUGCUAAAAAAUUAGACCUUGAAAAGGCCGAUGACGAGGAUGAGGACGAAGAGGUCGACGAGGAGGAAGAUGAGUCGGAAUCGGAUGAGGAAACAAUGCCCGAUGCUGCUGCUGGUCAGCAGAAAGAAUUAUUGGACGAUGCAGCAUUCGAUGAGGAUGGGUCGGGGUCGGACGAGAGCUCGAGUUCCGAGGAGGAGGAGGAGCAAGACGAAGAGGAAACGGAUGAGCUGGGCAUUGAGGGGGGUAUUAAAAAGAGUGGAAGAAUUAUUAAAGCAUUUGAGGAUUCGGAUGAGGAUGAUGCGACGACGGCGCUAGAGAAGAAAGACGAGUCGAUGGACAUAGAGCUGACGACAAAUCGUUCUUCCAACGUAACCGAUGAUGUUGACAAUAUUACCCCCGGAUUCAGCACGAGCAGUGGACAAAAUGAAGAAAUGCUUUGGAAAGAUGAUGACGAUGGGCCGAAUGGAAGUGCAGACGUUGGAGAGGAUGAUUUGUUGGCGCUCUGCUCAGGCCAGUUUGCUACACAACUGCCAACACAGAAUGAGCCACCACUCUCACAGGAUUAUCCCAGCGGCGUUGGCGCUGACCCACUUUACACACAGAACCAGGAACCUAUCGGCGAAUCGCAACUAAUGGACCUUUGCUCUGGACGGUUUGAAACACAGGCAGACGAGCCGCAAUCAGUGCUGGUGGAAAAAGACACCUCGACUCCGCUACAAAUUGAUAGCAUCGAUAAGCGAGAGUCGGUACUCAAUGAUAGCGAUAUUUGUGUUGGAGGUCGGCUAAGGCUAGAUUCGUCCGAUGAUGAAGCGGAGCAUGAGGAAACUGAACAACGCACGAGCAAAAUCAAAAAACGCAAAACAAAACAUUUAAACAUAUCCGACGAUGAGGAUGAUGCAGUUGACGACAAAGCUUCCGAUCCGGGAGAUGAUCAGGAACCGGCCGACGAAGCCGACGAAGCCGACGAAGAUGAAGAAGCUGAACGGUACGUGGAUUACGAUUCGGAAGAGAAUGAAGUUGAGGUGAGACUGACCAAGAAGGAGAAGCAACGGAUAGGUGCCAAGUUUGUCGAAAAUGAGGCGGAACUUUCCGAGUCGGACUGGGGUAGCGCCGACGAAGAUGAGCGCGACCUCGAUCGGUACGACAUAGAGGUUGGCGAUGAGGAGCAGUACGAUCAGCACCAGCUGCAGCAGGAGCUCGAGAAAAUACACAACCGCCAAAUGCUCGAUCAGGACGACCGUGAGCUGGAACACUUGAAGGAAGCUUUCCUCGAGGACGAAGAGAAGGAUGGCGUCGGGCGGGAGCGCCAGUUCCGGUGGAAAAAUGUGGAGAAAACGUUUAGCUUGGAUUAUGACAAAACGGCCGAACAGGAUGGAGAUGGGGAAGCGCACGGGAGUGAUGACGAGGAGACGGAGCUGAACUGGCGCAAGAUGCGACACGAACGAAAUCUGCUGCUCAAGGAGAAAAACAUCGAUCUAAGCGAGGUUGAUUUAACGGCGGCAACUACGCUACUGAAUCCGGCGGAUGCAACGCUCACGGCCGCCGAUGAGCAGGAAAACGUUCCGUCGGGAAGUACGGCGUGUGGGAAGAAGAAAAUCACGAUCGUAAGGAAAAGCGUCACCUCUUCUACGGCGGUGGUAAAGGAGGAUAAUCCUUUCCUAAUCUCCAAUUCCACCAUUCUGCAGCGCCACAAAGCAUCGUUCCUUUCCCGUGAUCAAGAAACGCUGAACAAGCUGGCAAGCUUGAUACCGGAAGCCGAGGGCAGCACCAGUACACUCUUAACGGCAAAAGCAAGAAAUUUUGUAUUUGCUACCCUUAGUCCAGCGGUCGAGAAGUCCUCCAAACGGUCGCUAGAUCUGGAUGAGGAUGAGGUGAAUGCCAACACGAAGAAAAAAAAGAAAACGUUGGAUAAGGGCUCCACUGGCUCGAGGAAAAAAAUACUAGAUUCUGCACAGUAGGAUCAAAGAGGUGCUGUACAUAGAGAUAGUAUACUUCUGGAGUUUUUUCCGAUAUCAUGCCUUCACCCGUGGUAGACAGGGUCCAGGCUACUGGGUCAUGCAUCAAAAAUGGAAAGAAUAAAUAUAGUUAAGAAUGAAGUUAA